AUGUCCAAAAAUCCUUAUAAUAAAGAGGAUUCAUCAAACAAAGACUCUGGUAAACAGAAGCAGAAAGGAACUAAAUGUGGUCGGUGCGGUCUGCGUGGACAUGAAUCAGAGAAGUGUAACGUUCGGUGUCACAAAUGUGACAAGAUAGGUCACAUAGCAAAGAAAUGUAGGCAGAAGGGAGUGCACAAUGUAGAGAGUUCGAGAGCCGAGGAUUCGAGAGCUGAGGGAGAGUACGACAUGGAUGAGAGUUGCGAGAGAGUAUUAGAUGAUGAGCUCUACUCUGAGUAUUACGAUAAUUUUAGAAUCAAUGGGAAACUUCUGUGUAUGGAGUUUGAUUCUGGGUCUGCGGUUUCAGUUGUAAGUAAACGUGCGUUGAGGGUCUGUGGUUUAUCCGACUUAACACUAACCCCCAGCAGGAAAACGUUGCGCGUUGCAAACGGACAAAUCAAAGCAGUAGAUGGCUGCGCAGUAGUUGAAGUAGAGUUGAAUGGAGAGAAAGCUCGUGACUUGCAGCUUUAUGUAGCAGAGGAUUUUCCCAGUCUGUUUGGGAGACCCUGGAUUGCAAAGUUUUGUGGGCAAAACUGGCUUGAAAAGCUGCUCAGUACCCGGUUAGUGAAUAGUGUAGCCCCGGACAAAUCCCAGCAGGUGUCAGUGAGCUGUAAAAGCUGCUCUGGGAGUGGUGUCCAAAAAGGUGUUGAGAUGCAAACUGAUGGUAUGACCGUUGAGAACGGUUGGAAGUUUAAAAACACUUGUAUCCGGAUUGAACAGUGUCGUAGUGUCGCUCGAUUGAAACAGAGCGAAGUGUUCAAACCAGGGUUAGGUCUUGUGAAAGGUGUCCAAGCGAGUUUUGUUUUGAAGGAUGAGGCAAAACCUGUGAUGUGUAAAGCUAGAACCAUACCAUAUGCUUUACGUAGCAAGGUAGAGCAAGAAAUCGAUUCCAUGGUAGAGAGUGAAACUCUGACUAAGGUCGCUGAUAGUCCAUGGGGAACUCCUCUGGUGCCUGUAAUGAAGGACGGAGGAGAAUCAGUGAGAAUUUGUGGGGACUAUAAAUCCACCUUAAACAAGUGCUUAUCCACUAAAGAGUACCCUCUACCUACUAUAGAGGAGUGUUUCAACUCGGUCCGUGGAGGCCAGAAAUUCUCUAAAGUCGAUAUCAAGAAGGCGUAUAAUAAUCUGCUGAUUAGAGAAGAGGACAGAGUUCUGACCACUCUGAACACGCAUAAAGGACUGUUUCAAUGGAAUCGGUUGCCAUACGGUAUCAGUAGUUCAAGUGCUAUAUUCCAGUCAGUGAUGGAUGAUACAUUAGCAGGAGUACCCAUGACUUGUUGUCGGAUUGAUGACAUCCUUAUUUCCGGCAGGAAUGACGAGGAGCAUCUGAUAAAUCUGAACAAUGUCAUAACUCGAUUAGAACUUCGAGGCUUUAAGUGUAAAGUUGAGAAAUCGUCAUUUAUGGAGGAUCACGUGGUCUAUCUAGGUCACGUGGUAUCGGCUAGUGGAAUUAGACCGGUACAGAGCAAAGUGGACAGCUUGUUGAAAACCCCAGAACCUCAGAAUGUUGACCAGCUAAUCUCUUUUCUGGGGGCCGUUAAUUAUUAUAGACGGUAUUUACCCAACUUGUCGGCUGUCAUUGCUCCUUUAGAAAGAUUAAGAGCAAAAAAUGUCCCUUGGGUGUGGUCAGCAGAAGAAGGAAAAGCGUUUCGAGUGCUGAAGAAACUGCUUUCUUCUGACCGUGUAUUGACCUUUUAUGAUCCCAAGUUGGCUCUCAAGCUAGAUACAGACGCAGCCAGUGGGGGAAUUGGUGCGGUUUUGUCGCACAUCAUGCCCAACGGUGAAGAGCGUCCCAUUGAAUUCAUCUCACGUACUUUGUCUCCCACUGAAAGAAGAUACGCUCAAAUCGACAAAGAGGCGCUGGCAAUAGUUUGGUCUAUAAAGCGGCUGCAUAUCUAUCUGUAUAUGCGUAAGUUCACGCUCGUGACUGACCAUCGAGCGUUGGUUCGAAUCUUCGGAAACAAACCUCUGCCAGAGAUGACGGCUGGUAGGAUAACCAGGUGGGCUAUUUUCCUAAUGAACUACCAGUAUGAUAUCCAGUAUAGGAACACCAAAGAGCAUCUGAAUGCUGAUAUGUUGUCUAGGCUUCCUAGACAGGUAGCUCACCCUGUAGUUGCAAAGAAUGAAUUUGCAGACAUGUUCACACUAACUCUAAGCGAAACAUUGUUAAACGCUGAAUUAGUGGCGAACGAAACACGCAAGGACCCGAUUCUGAGUAAAGUCAUGGACUACACGUUGAAUGGUUGGCCCAAAAACCUAAAAUGUGAGGGGGAUCUUAAAGCGUUCUGGUCAAGAAGAGACGAGUUGAGUCAUGAACUUGGAUGUUUGACUUGGGGUGCUCGUGUAGUGAUUCCCGUGAAGCUUCGGGGCACCGUAAUGAACAUCCUUCAUGCCACACACAUCGGUGUAACGGGAAUGAAGUCAUUGGCUAGGUCGUAUGUUUACUGGCCACGGCUUGACACACAAAUCGAGGAUACUGCUCGGACGUGUGAGGCGUGCGCUAAGCAUGGCAAGAUUCUGACCAAAAUUGUUGACCAUCCCUGGGCAAAAACCAGUGCCCCAUUCCAGAGAGUACACGCUGACUUUGCUGGUCCGUUUUUAGGUAGUAUGUGGUUAUUGUUAGUUGAUUCGUACAGCAAAUGGCCUGAAGUUAUUCAGAUGAAUACGAAUACCACAUCUAGCGCAACUAUACGUGCUUUCAGGUCGAUAUUUGCACGCACAGGCAUCCCUAUUUGCCUUGUAACUGACAAUGGACCUCAGUUCGUAUCGGAGGAAACGGAAGUGUACUUGAAAUCUUGUGGAAUAAAACAUGUAACUGUUCCCACCUACUCACCAAAAUCCAAUGGUAUUUGUGAACGUCUGGUGCAGAGCUGGAAGUAUGCUAUGACUAAGAUGGCAGAAACGUGCAAGGACGUUUGCAAAAAUCUUAAUGACUUUCUGUUGACUUAUCGCAACACGCCUCAUUCCUCUACUAAACAAACUCCGGCUGUGUUGGCGUUUAACAGAACUCUACGGUCGAAGCUACAUCAGAUCAAACCUUCUGAUCGUAUGAGAGAACAAGAGUUGCAGUCUGAGAAACUGCAAGACGUGAUUAAUGAGCACCCUAGAACUCGAGAAUUCCGUGAAAAUCAGCUCGUUUUCGUUAAAUUGGACGACAAGAGUCCCUGGAUACAAGCUCGAGUGAUAAAGAAAUACGGAGAAAAUUCUAACAAUUACGACAUCCAGUGCGGAAACAGGAUAGUAAAGAAACAUGCUGACGUUAUUAAAGCUUGUCACACCCCGGUAAUCCAGAUGGAAAGGAGUACAAUUCCAGCUGCACAGAGAUCAUUGUUAACCAGAGAUCUAGCUCGCUCUAACGUAAAGUUCCAGAGGCUGGAGGAAACCUUGGAAAGACGGAGACUGAGAAAUCUGGGAGUUAGUGACGGUCAGGAACAGCAAUCCGCGGAAAAACCAUCUUCUCCGGUAAAAACUGCGUCCCCGGUAAAGUCUCAAGGUAAGCAAGUUCGUGCUUCCCCGGUCAAGACCGACGGUAAGCAAGUUUAUUUUAAAGACGUUCACCCCAAGUUCCCUGCCGGUGGUAAGCUGACCCAGUACCUGGAGAAUAUGAAGAUUGGGGACUGUAUAGACGUUCGGGGUCCUAAGGGAAAGAUCAACUAUCUUGGAAACGGUAAGUAUGAAGUGAAGAAGAAAGGAGCUGUUAAUCGUGUGUUAGGAAGGAAGAUAGGAAUGAUAGCUGGCGGUUCAGGUAUCACGCCGAUGCUACAGGUAGCAACAGAGAUUCUAAAGAACCCUGGUGAUGAUUCAGAGAUCUUCCUCUUGUUUGCUAAUCAGACACCUGAGGAUAUUCUGUGUCAGGAUAUUAUUGAGAGCAUGCAGUCUGAUGAGAGGUUCAAUGUUUGGUACACCGUGGACAAAGCUCCCGCAACUGGUUGGAAGUAUGAUACAGGCUUUGUAACAGCUGACAUGAUAGCUAAUCACCUCCCUGCGCCUGGUCCUGACUCUGCUGUAAUGAUGUGUGGACCCCCUCCUAUGAUAAAGUUCGCUUGUCUUCCCAACCUUGAGAAGCUUGGGUAUACUGAGGAUAAUUUGAUGGUGUUUUAGGGGAAACAAUAACCAUGGAAACACUUACCUGGUUACCAUGAAAACAGUAACCAUGGAAACACUUACCUGGUUACCAUGAAAACAGUUACCAUGGAAACAGUUACCAUGGAAACAGUUACCAUGGAAACAGUUACCAUGGAAACAGUCACCAUGGAAACAGUUACCAUGGAAACACUUACCUGGUUACCAUGAA